GAAUGUGGCACCUUAUAAGUCAGUGACUGACUUCAUAACAUUUUACUAAGCCACCAUGUAGUUGGUUUGGUUUUUCCUUAAUUCAGUACCAUAUGUGAACCAGCCAACUGUGACUUAGUAAACAACUGUUCCACAUGAUCCAUUCUUUUCCAUGGGAAAUACAGGACAACUUAUUUUUUGACAGUUGUGGUUUCUCAAAAGCCCAGAUCUUUGAAAUGUCUCCUCCCUGCUUCUGAAGGAUAAGCCUGUUUAAGACCCUCCUACAUGCAUUUGCACUCCAAUUUGCAAGCUCUGUGUAAUGACAAAUAGGAAGGGAGUCAGCUGUUUGAGAUCUAAAGGAAACAGUGACUUUCUUGGCUGCUUUUUCCAAAACCAAAAGAAUCUUGAAGAAGAAAAACAGGGCUGGCAGUUGGGGCUUGUUUCUUCAAGAUUUCUUUUAGUUCUCGGGUCCAAAGAUGACAAGAAGCAACUGUUAAAAAAAAGCAGCCUCAAAAGGCUUAAAAAUGGCCACUGGUCAGUCAAACUGCUUUCGCUGCAAGGAUUCACUUUGUGGCAAACGAUACAUCAUGAAAGAAGAAAAUGCUUUCUGUGUGAAAUGCUAUGACAGCCUUUUUGCUAACCUUUGUGAAAAAUGUCAUAAAGCCAUUGAAUGUGACUCCAAGGAUCUUGCUUAUAAAGGCUGCCACUGGCAUGAAACGUGCUUCAAGUGUGCCCAAUGUCAUCACUCCCUGGUUGAGAAGCCCUUUGCAGCUAAAGACGAGCGCCUGCUGUGUACAACUUGCUAUUCUAAUGAAUAUUCAUCUAAGUGCUUUCACUGCAAGAGGACUAUUAUGCCUGGUUCUCGUAAAAUGGAAUUUAAAGGCAAUUGUUGGCACGAAGCUUGCUUUGUUUGCCGGUAUUGCCGGCAACCACUAGGAAUGAAACCUUUGAUUACCAAGGAUGAUGACAAUUACUGUGUACCCUGUUAUGAGAAGCAAUUUGCACAGUAUUGCUACUCCUGCAAAAAGGUGGUCACCAAUGGUGGGGUGACUUACCAUGACCAGCCAUGGCAUAAGGAAUGUUUUCUAUGUACUGGAUGUAAGAAGCAACUUGCAGAACACCGAUUCAUGUCCAAAGAUGAACAUCCUUUCUGCCUGGAGUGCUUCAGUGGACAUUUUGCAAAGAAGUGUGUGGCCUGCACCGAACCCAUUACUGCUCUUGGAGGAGGCAAGUUCAUCUUGUAUGAAGAUCACCAAUGGCACAGCGACUGCUUCAAGUGCAGCCGAUGUGCCUGCUCCCUGGUGGGAAAGAACUUCCUCACCCAGCAAGAUCAAGUCCUCUGCUGCAAUUGUGGGUCUUCUAUAUGACUCAGGAGCUCCUCAAGGAUGCUUGUCCCUUCCCCUGCAUUAUUUUAGCCAUGCACAUAUUUGCUCACUAGUCAGAAAGCAAUCUAACAAGAAUCGUAAUUUACGACUCUCUGCAUCCAAUAUUGCUACUUUCCAUAACAGGACUCUUGUUUGAAAGAAAUUAUUCUGAACAUAACAAGAGCCAGAAAAUGUUUGUCGUCACUGUGUUUUCUUGUAGUAGAGUGCACUCUGCUGUUAGGAAUCUGAGUCUGUACACGAUCUUGUUAAAAUUCUCAGUGAAAUAAGUUUAUGCAAGAUCUGUGUUGCAGGAAAAAAAACAAACUUAAAACUCUCCAACAGUACAAUGUUUUUUUUGUUGUGUAACACAUACCUAUAAAAGAAUAUCCUGACAGGCAAGUAAGAUUCAAUGGUUUGUGUUGGUCAGCUUGCUUAAUUUAGAAAAACUGAAAAGAGAGGAUCAAUUAUAUUCUGCUGCCACCAAAGGUAUCAUCCUAAGAUUACAUCCCAUAACUAACCAUAAAAAUAUUAGAAAUUCAGCCUGUCAUGUAGUCAUUCAAAUCUUUAUUCCUCCGCCAACACACUUCAAUCCCCAAUAUAUGCACAGAACUAAAACUGCUAUUACCCUGAGGAACAAAACCAGGUUUUUAAACUAUAUAUUGUUCCUCAAAGGUGACCUCCCCAACUCUCUUCUCUUCCAAAGUUGUCACCAAACAGCAAUUUUUAGGGGAUCUGAAAGAGAAAAUUAUGAAAUAUAUGACUGAAGAGCAAUCACCUUAAGUCAAUUAAUUUGGUUGGAUACACAGCUGUAUCAUCUCAUUCAACAGCCAACGAGGCCAUUUGUCCUGAAAAAAAAUUGUGCAGUGCAGAAGUAGCCUAUAUAGAAGCAUAUAUAUAACAUGGUUCGAUUGGCUUUAGCUUAGAUGGCUAUGGAAAGGCAAUUGCAUUUAGCAGACAUCAAUUAGCUUGAUAAAAGAGGGAGAAAAAACACAUGAAGAAAAGCAAUGAAUAUCAUCCCUGAAUGUGUAAAUUCUGCUGUGAUAGUUCGCCUGCUGUAUGUGCAUGUCAAGAUCUUAAAUUCUAGAGUUGGUUCACAUAAUUGAAAUCCAAAACAAAUUAUUCCUGGUUGUCUUUACUUUAACUGUUGUUUUAUAAGUAGCUUGGGCCCCUUAGAAGCAGAGAAAGAGUAUCAUUACAAUAGUUCAAUCAGGAUGAACAACCAGGAGCAGAACCUUUGAAUUCCAGGAAUGGGCACAAUCGGUGUACAACAUGGAUUGAGGCAGAGACUCUCCUAGCCACAGUUACUUCCUGCUUCUCAAGCAGGAGUUGCAAGUACUCCAAAUUGCAAUAUGUUCUGUCUAAGCAAAAGUACUGUCAUCCAGAACUAAAAAUGAAGAAUCAUCAGAUCCAGGGGAGUUUCUAAAAGCACAGCCAUUCAGUCUUGUUCCAGUUUAGGACCCAGAUUCUUACAGAUUUCAGACACAGGGAAAUAUUUUGAUGGUAUCACUUCAUUAUAGAGAUAUAUAGCUGGGUAUCAUAUACUGAUGAUAUUUAAACAUGUGGUUAUGGAUAAAUCACUCAACAGUUUUAUAUAUAUAUAUAUAUAUAUAUGUUAAAUAGGAAUAGGGAAAAAGUUGAGCUCUGAGUCAUCCUGCUUUGCAGAGUAUCUAGAGUUGGACCUUACUCACGCCAGUGACUGAAGCCAGAGUUGAAGAAGAGAGGAGAAUCACUAAAGCUCCUUCCAUACUGUCUCAACUCCUUAAGCUGAUCCAGAAGGAUACUAUGAUCAGAAAAACCAAAGACACCGAAAGAUCAAAAGGGCCAGAAUGAAUGCAAUUCUUCCACUUCAAACCCCUUAAAGAUCAUCAAUCAGUGUGAUUAAUGCUAUCACAGUACUAUUACUCAACCUGAAACCCAACUUAAAAUGAUUCCGAUAGUCGGCUUCUUCCAAGUCUUCUACAGCUA